UCCAAAUAUAUUCAAAAUGAAUGUCAACUCUCAAUGAUCUAUUUAUAAUAAAAACUGUAAAUAGAACUCUUGAGAACCAUUUUGGUGUGUGUUUUAUUAUAGAUAGAUCAAAAGAGAGAUGGGUUUCAACGAUCCUUCACUAAACACAAUUAUCCUUUGGUUUGCAGCCGUAACGUCUCUUGUGACUAUCUCUGUAAUCUUCGCUCUUCUCGUUCUUUGUUUGCUCAAACGCCGUAGGUUUGAUGUAUCACCGGAAGAAGAGAACGAGUACCAUGGGAGAAGUGAGCCACCGUGCCAAGGGCUUAGCGCUUCCGUGAUUGCCGCCUUUCCCACCUUUUCUUACAAACCGGAUAAUAAUAACGAUCUUGAGAGUAACAAUCAGGAGAUCGAGUGUCCGGUUUGCUUAGGAUUGAUCCCCAAGAACGUUGUGAUUAAGGUUUUGCCUAAUUGUAUGCACAUGUUUGAUGAGGAAUGUAUCGGUAAGUGGCUUGAGUCACACGCAACUUGUCCUGUGUGUCGUACACUGGCUCAACCGAUGGCUAGCUCUGGAGAUAAGGUCUUAGAAAAAGUAUAGUAUAGUUGAUGGUUAUAUAUGCCAACUUUACAUAAUUUUUGUGUUUUUGCUAAUUGUAAUAUUAUUUCAGAUUGAUGUGAAAUGUACAAAUGAUAUAACUCAACAUGCGGCUUUGGGUCGUCAUACACACAUAGUCCCAUACUACUUCAAUUUGAGAUGCUCGAUCAA